ACUGCAAGGGAACGAAAUAUCUGGUCAUAUCACACGUGUAAUAGCCUUAUAGAUUAUGUAUGUGUAUACAUACUAUAUAGUUAGUAUCUGACGUCACAGUUGUAUCAUAGUGUAUAAUUCUAUAUUUAGAAUUCGUUCAGGCUACUUAUUUCUAUAACGAUUAUCUGUUAAACAUCGCCAAUGCCACUGUUUCGUAACGUGAAUGCUUAUCUCUAACUCGUGACCUCUGACCUUUCACAAGUUAGCAGCGAAAACAGACAACAUGUCGGUCCUCAUCGUGGUGUGCGCUGCCUUGUUUGUGGCUCCCACUGUCGUUCACGGAAGUAUAAAUUCUGUCAUAACAAAACUGUCUGACCGGAUAUUCUUUGAUCAGAACACCCGGGACAGCACGGGCCACCCGCCUUUUUCUUGGAGCCAUGUAAAGGGACUGUAUGGCUCCGAGGUCAAACUAAACUUCCAUGGGGAGCCGGAAAUGGCGCUGAUCCGGGAAGCGUUCUCGGUUUAUGAUAAUAACAUGUUUGCCACGGCCUGGAUUACAUCAUGUCUGAUAGAGACAACAUUGUACGGUAAAGGCCCCAUGACCAUCCCUGGAAUGAUCGAUUCCGCCGUGGACGCCAUCGGUAAAUUUCACAACCGGAACUACAAUUUCACCAACUCCGUCAUGACCUUCUGGCCUCAGGUUUUCAACGUAACGACACGGACAUUCCAGAGUACUCCCUCUAACUUACUGCAGCUGUUCCAGCUCGCGGACAACGCCCCUGUUAAACUUCUUGAGGACUUGAUGAAGAUUUUCGGGUUGAAGGAUAUGGAGCAGGUUGUGGAACAUCUUCUCAUGGAAAAGGAAAUGUUUGCUCGCGCUUUCCAUAUCCCUCCCGACUUCGACGAUACAUUUGUAAACCUUGGAUUGGGAGCCUUGCUCAGACAUGCGCAGGAACAAUAUCCACAUUCAUGGAAGCAAUGGCAGAUACAAAACUCCAAUAUUUCGUCAGCACUGCACGCGCUCCGGAAAUAUGCCUAUCGACCGUCCUCAUCUAACCGGGAUAUAAACACAAUUGACACAAGAAGUUAUUUAUAUAUGAGAUCUUUCCUUGACGACCAUCACUACGAGGACCUCGCAUUGGUCACCACUUGGGCCCAGAACACACGCGAGGCUACGGAGAAUGACAAAAAGGGCGUGGCUAUGCCUUUUGCCGUCAACAACGUUGACGUCACAGUCGCCGCUAACACUAUUUAUGGUCUCACGUCCGGGCUUCUGUCCAAUAUUAUUGACGACCUGGAAUUUGACGCCGACCUACAGAGAAUAUACCUGAACACCUCGUCACUUAUUGCCCACGAGCUGACUUUCAACUUCUCCUCGAGGCCUGACCUUGCACUUACGUAUUAUCCGUCAGCACACGAAUGCUACUGGUUCGUGGCUCGAACUCUGUCGCUAAUGCAAAGAUACCUUUUUAACAACAACCAGACGGAUUCACUUCCGUUUCCGGUGAUGAAUGAGGUCAAAAUCAUGUUUACAAAUGCUCUGCAAUGGGCGGUAACUCCGACACUCAUGAAGACUGCUAAGGAUGAUUUUGAAGGUCGCAUAUACUGGGACAAUUUCCUUGGGGACGGGGAUACCAACUCUGACAACUCGUCUGUGGUCCGUGCAGAGGACAGAAUAUUCACCACUGCAAUGGCGGUAAACACUUUGCUGGAUAUAUGGACCGUGUACAACCAGACGUCUUACCAACUGGAGUGGUUGCCAAGUGUGACACCUCAAUUUAACGACACUAUCCGGAGAGCAGUGGCAUGGCUAACGGAUUUCUCCACCGGCUCCACAUACAAACCCUGGAACACGUUCUUCUCCGGCUCUGGCAAGAGUUUAAGGAGUAUGCCGUUUUGGUACCCUGCCAACAGAAUUGAAUUCAUGAAUGGAACUGCUAUAGACCCAUCAGUAUUCCCUCAUGGCGUCGAGUUCCUCAUAGGAAUGUCUGGAUACGUUUCAACUGAUAAAUACAACGAUAUGUUGAAAGUUCCACAUUUCGGGAAAAUGACACCCAUGGGCUUCCCCGGAUAUAACGAUCCCACACAACCUCACGGAUUUUUCCCGUUCUGGUCGUCGGACUCAUAUACUUACGCUGCCACUCUAUUGGCGCUAUCUAAAUAUACCAACAUCAAACAGUGAUAAAGAUGUAUUAGGGACUCGCCUGUUGGUUUUGUUAUUAAAUCAGAACAGAGAAAAAUGUUCUUCUUUACAAAUGGAAUGCAUUUAGGUGAACCAGCCUGGUUUAUUUGCGAAAAUAAAAUACAAUAAAAGUAAUGAUGUGGUCAUAUAAGGAUGCUGUACGUCCUUAUUGUCACUUGUUAAAAUGACAAGACACAAUAAAAAAUCAGGCAUCAUAAGUCGAAGUUGUAA